CAAAUUCUUCUUCUGGCAAAUAGAGCGUUCUUGCGUACUAACAAAGAUUACCUAUCCCAAAGGUGAAGAUGAAGGUCGAGUUGAUGUGCUACAGCGACGGCUAUCCUUGAAAGUAGAAAAUCGGAGCAAAUCGAACUCUCCAGCGACUUCCAGCGUGAGGUUGAGAACUCAGUAAGUGAGAAGUUUGUCAUAGAGCACAUUUUGAUCCAUAUCCAGCUCUCAGGCCAAGUUGCUGGAUUGUUGCGUAACUACACCUAAACUUCUAUUGGACGACGAGUCUCCUUAUGUCUCUGGACGAUUGAUGCGAGCGUGACGAGUGAAGAGACCACAACACACAAGAUGGCCAAUUUUUUCAGAUGACAGUGGUGCCCGAGCAGGAGUCUGCGUCCGAGACCCGAAAAAAAGUGCUUUGCAGCUAGUAGCACUGGUCCUCGUGGUGCCAGAAGUACCAAGAGUAAUUAUAACACGCUGACCUACAAUAACCUCGAAGAACAUCAAGCAGUAGACAACUCGAGAAGGACUACCACACUUUCUCGCACUUGACGACGAGGAAAGCAAACGCAACCGCAACCGGCACAGAUUCACACUCAGGGCUGUCCCAAUAAAACAAACUACAAACCACGCACUUGUUGCGUCGAGCGGACGAGUUCGCGGCAGACAGAGGCUCGUUUGCGUUUCCUGCUCUGUCUCAACUACAUCUCCUGGUCCUCCCGAACCGUCGUUACUGACACAGCAAACGACCCUUGCUUGUUUUGUCACGACGACAUUGGGAUCUUGUCUUCAAUACGGCGGAUUCAAAAGAGCACCUCCUCCUUCCCGACAACACAACAAAAGCGUUAGCUUCACAUUGUCAGUAGAACACCAGACCCAGCAGAGGGACAAGCACCCAGGAGUAACAAAAACCAGCCCUCCCAAAUGGACGCUGCCACCACGACCCUCACCCCCGAUCAGGAGGAGCAGCUCACCCUGUUCCGGGAGGUGACGGCGAACGAGGACCGACAGCGAUGUAUCCAGUACCUGGAGAUGAGCAACUGGAAUGUGGAACAGGCCAUCAACUUGUCCAUGACCGGCGCAUUAGACAACACACCAGCAACAGGCUCCGACCACGCGGCCGCCAUGAACUUCAUAACCGGCGACCACGAACCGGCAAUAGGACCACAACAGCAGACCAGGCCGAGUGGGGGGGUAGAGCAGAGCUUCUUUUUGUUGAGGAUGAUAGAUGCAUGAUUACUUGUCUUCUAGUUGGAGAUCGUUGGAUGGGACAUACUACCUGUCUUGCGCGAUCAACAUCGGGUCGUGCAGCUGUUCUAUAACCCGCCGUGCGGUGCUUCAAAGUAAGUAAAUGUAAAUCGACACUACAAGAGACAACAAUACAAUAUGCUCAGUACAAAGAAACAACUCAAACCAGGACCCCGACGCAUCCCUCGCCCAAAAAGUGGUCGAGAAGGUCGGCAACGUAUCCUGUGCAAAAGUAUCGUACUCGUAUUGCAAUCAUGCAUUACAAACUUUUUUCUCAAGGGAAAACAGCAUUACAAAUUUUAUUUCUCAUGCUGAGGGAAUUUGUCAUGCAUUUAUACGAAUACGAUACUUUUGCAGUUCAUACAACGCCGCCAGCAAGGUACUCAACGGCAUCGGCGGGUUUCUGCACUCCAUGUUGAUCCCGGACGAAGUAUGAACUGCAAAAAUGUCUGGGUCUGGAACAUUCUAAACUUGUGAUGCUGUCUCUGGAUUCUGAAAAAAUUUGUAUUGCAUGACCAGCAAGAGGGCUCCAGUUUGUGCUACGCAGAGCGGUCAUUUUUCAUGCUGUAGAGGCAUCACAAAGCGCUCUAAAAAUCUGUGAUGCUACGGCAUGCAUCACAGACAUCAUGAGCCAUGGAAAAUAUGCAUGACAAAUCUAGAAAUCUUCCAGGCCCAGACACUUUUGCAUUUGAUACGAUGACGGGUAUAACAACAACACCUCCGGCGGAAGUAGUUCCAGCAGCAGCAGUGGUAGAGCGAACCGGAACAGUUUCAAAGCGUACUACGUAUCAAAUGCAAAUGUGUCUGGGCCUGGCAGAUUGUUUGUCAUGCUUGUCUGGCAUGACUGAACAGUUUGUGAUGCGUGUCAAAGAAGAGACCCGCCUUGUACAACUUGUCAUGCAACAACGCAGUUUGUGUUUGUCAUGCGGAAAGCGCAACACUAAGCAGCGCAGAUAUUUCUCAUGCUUGGCUGUGCAUUACAGAGCAUCCACUAUUCCCAACCCAGCAUUACAAGUUUCCAGAACCAGACAUAUUUGCAAUGCAUACUACGAGCGACAAUACAAGACGGACGCUUCGACCGCCUGCCCGGACUUUUUCGACGGAACGUUUCAGCAGGCAAUAACGAAAGCGAAGGACAACAUGAAACUCCUUAUGGUCUACUUCCACUGCGAAACCGCAAGUUUGACCGACGACUUUUGCAAAAACUGUCUCAACAACGACAUCGUGACAGUGAUGUUGAGUGACACGUGCGUCAGCUUCGGGGCCGACAUAAACGACCGGACCAGUUACGACUUGGCAAGGCAGUUUCAGGUAUUUGUUUUGUUCUUGUGGACGCGGACGUCGUCGUGUUUGGCUGCAUGACAAAAAUGCCAGAAUUGACGACCGCCUGCAAAACGAGUCGUGAUACAUCAUGAACGUGAAGGAAAGUAAACAGAUUUUUACAAGCUACACGACUCAUGUGCACCAUGAAUCACACAAACAAACUUCAUGACUUUUCAGGUUCAACGCUACCCGUACCUGGCGCUGGUGCUUCCCGUCUCCGCAACGGACUACAGGAUACUUCACAAAGUCGACGGGCAGGUAUGAAAAUGAAGUUAUUUGUGACGUUGCAUGACAAAGUGAAGACACAGAAGUGGCGACGAUAGAUUUGCCAUGCUAUGCUGAAAGAAGAAGUAGAUGCAGUGCUGCUCAUACGACUUUGAUUAUUUUGUGAUGCAAAUCAUGUAUCCAAACAGCAAGCCGGAUCAGUUGACGGCCUCGUCGCGCUUUUGACCCAAGCCGCCGACGACCUGGAGCAAAAUCGUAUCAAGUGUAAAAGUGUCUAGGUCUGGAAGAAUGCAUGCUUGUCUGGCAUGCUUGUCUGGCAUGACUCGAGAAUCUGUGUUGCAUAGGCACGAAAAAACCCUCUGGCCUGUCAUGCAAAAGCGCAGUUUGCCAUGCGGAAUACGUAAGACAUGGCAGCCAAAAAAAUUGUCAUGCAUGUUAUCAUGUCGUACUGCAGUGCGUCUAUCAUUAUUUUUAGCAUAUACAAUUUUCCAGGCCCAGACAUAUUAGCAAUCCAUAAACCGGGCCCAGCUAGUAACGCAAGCGAACCAAGUUCAGCACGACAGGCUUCUGCGCGCCGAGCAAGACAGGGAGUAUGAAGAGGCUUUGGCGAAGGUACAGUGUGGCUGGUUUGUCAUGCAGACUGUCAAUGCAUAUACAACAGCGUUGUCCUCCUGCUCCUCACGAGUGCGCAACACAAGUUUUUUUCUGAAAAGAAUCUUCCUUGAUAAAUUUCAUAUCACCUCCUCCACAGGACCGCGAAGCCGAGGCCGCACGGCAGCGGGAGGAGGAGGCCCGACAGAAGGCGCUGGAAGAGGAAAAACAGGCCCAGCUCGCCAGGGAGCAAGCGGCGAAAGACAUCGAGGCGAAAAGGAGAAAACUGGCGACCGAACUUGUCACUGUGGACCCAAGCACGACGGAAGCCAAGACGAAGAUACAAGUGAAAUUCCCGACGGGGCAGAGGGUAUCUUUACUUUACUAAAACUAGGAAUGAAUUUGUUUCUAUUUUCACCACUUGGGUCAACGUCGUCAUGCGGUACCAGCAUGCUAGGCGAAGUGGAAAGAAAUCAGGCUUUGUCUGUUGCAACAUGACAAAUUGCAUUCCGUUGUUUUCGUUGCAUGACAAACUUCUGAAACUCGGUAGCAAUGUCUGAUGCAUCAUCCACAAUGCAAAUUGCUAUCAGGUCAACCGUACGUUCCUCCAGUCCCACACACUGAAGGACCUCUUCAACUGGGUCGAGGCGGCAGAGUACGCCGAAACGGGGACAAGUAUCAAAGUCCCGAGCAAGUUCUCCCUCAAUACGUCCUUCCCCACGAAGUUGCUUCAGCGCAGCGACGAAAGCCUGAAGGACGCCGGGCUGGUGCCCAACGCGCAGGUUUUGCUACAGGAUCUGUCCAGCGACGACGAAGAGUAACAAGUUCUUGAGCGGGGAGGAGGAGGUGGUGUUCAUAAUCGCGGCAAACUACCCGGCGGCUGGGAUAGAGCGCACGGUGGUGAUGGUGCUCCUGUGGGAUCAUGUUGAGUAGAGGAGCCCCCGGGGGUCAUUUUCCGUGGUAGAAGUGCUACGCCUACUGAAAGCCGAGGCUAGUGGAAGGGGGCUGUUUAUUGCUCCAUCUUGCGGUAGGGGAGAGUCCCUGAUCGUUUUUUGUGACAAGGAGCUGAAGAAGUAGAAUGAUGAGUGAUCGAGAAGGGACUGGUGGAUCGAUGAUUAGCGAUCAACGCGACUGAUCAUGAAAACUCUACCUAGUGGCAUCGUGCUCAGCAGGCGAAGAAUAGUCAGUGCAAGCUUCUACGAUAGUCGUGAAUGUUGGUAGAACUGCGAUUGCGGCUUGAUGCUGUGUGUAGGAGCUCGAAUCAACCACGACGGUCCGGACGCUACAUUGAAUCACUUCUACAGCCACUCAAAGGCGAUAGUUUUUUCGUUGUGCUACACGUACAAGGGAGAGCUAAAGCAACAAGAACACGCUGUAGAAACGCAAAUCGCUAUGGCUGACUUGGAAGCCUGUGCCAUCGAAGCCGUUGCUGUGGUCGUCUGAUGUUCUGCCACUUACCUUGCUGGCGCUUUACCAUCUGAUGCGCAGUGCGAGCUACUCCUACCAUCAUCCGACGUCUCAGGGAGUAGGCCAGGGCGAC